CAGGCCACCACGGUCUCUUCAGCUGCUUGCCUAUGGAUACCGUCACAGUUCAGAGAUUGGGGUCUGCUCUGCUGCUGAGGCUGGUUUUGAACUCCUGGCCUCAAGUGAUCCUCCUGCCAUGAUCUCCCAAAGUGCUGGGAUUACUGCCAUGAGCCACUGCACCUGGCCCAGUUUCAGUUUUAAGUGGCACUUUCCCCUUCCUGCUGUGUGUUUAGCAAUGUAAGAAAAAGUGAUGAUUCUGUCUACCAUUUCUGGAGUACCUAGUAAGAUUCCCCUGCAAUGAGUUGGUGGAGGAACAAUUUCUGGAUCAUCUUAGCUGUGGCUAUCAUCAUUGUCUCCGUGGGCCUGGGCCUUAUCCUGUUCUGUGUUUGUCGGUGGCAUCUUAGACAAGGCAAGAAAUGGAAAAUUGCCAACCCCUUGAAACAAAACAAAACAGAUGAAGAAAAGAUGUAUGAGAAUGUUCACAAUCAUUCGCCAGUUCAUUUACCCCCUCUGCCACCCCGGGAUUUGCUUUCUUCACAAGAGUCUGCCCCACAGGAAACCCCAAAUCAGCCACCAGAUACCUACUCGUUGAUAAACAAAGUUAAACAUAUGAAGAAUGUUUCUAUCCCGAGCUACAUUGAACCUGAAGAUGACUAUGACGAUGUUGAGAUGCCUGCGAAUACUGAAAACCAUCAUUUUGAAACAACCAUUUCUUCUUUUUGGCAAGCUGAAGAGGGUUCACACAACUUAUUUUAAAACAAUCAGAAUGGUUGAACUUCACUAGGUCUUCAGUUCCUGAAAGCCAGUGGUAAUUUAUGAAACUCUAAGAUAAAGCACUUCCUGAAUGAACCUUAUUUGAAGAUACCUCAGAGAUCAGGCCCUGAAGACAAAGAGGGGUCAGCUCUGUGCUUCUGUUGAGGAUGUGUCCAUGGGGAGAACCACUGGGCUCCAUGAUUCCCAUCUGCAAGAAAUAACUCAUUUUUGGGAACUCUUUCCCCUUAGAACCAUGGUUCACAUGGUUCUAAGUGAUCUUCAAUCUUGGUGUUUGAUUGCCCAGAGCCUCCCAGGCUUCCAUCCCCAGCCAAGCCCUUGCCAAGCAUACUGGUCUUCCCCACUCCCAGCCACCUACCUCCUGCACCAAGAGGCUCUUGGGUGGCAGUUAUAGCUGAGUGCUCUUGUGCAGAAGACCUCAUGCCACAUCUUGUGAGUUUGUCAGGACAGGAAAUACGUUUUGUUCUUGUGAGUCCUCUCCACCUACACACCCCCCAAACUACCCCAGUACCUUUAUAUGAUGUAGGCCUAACUGACCAUAGAGAUUCAAGCGCUGGCCUAGUUUUUUCCCAUGCUUACAGGUUGCACUGUAAUAAUCAAUAAAGAACAAAAGUUAA